UGUUACUCUCUCUAAUGUCAAGUCUUAUGUAUUUGAUAAAAACUGUUUUAAUUUUGGAAAUUUGGCUAAAAUCACUUUAAAUAAUAGCAUCUUUAACAUACAUUUUUUCUUUCGGUUUAUUUGGAUACUUUUUUGGCAUUUGAUUUUAUAAAAUAAUGUACCGUUUUAAUUACCUAAUUAUUCAAAAAACAUUAAGACAUGGUGGACAAGUGGUCCGCCAAUACUCGAGAGAGCCGAAGAGACAGACUUUUUUGUCUCGUUUAUACGAUAAUUUUCGAGAAGAAAUGGCAAAGAACAAGGAAAUGCGAGACUCAUUAAAAAAGUUUAGAGAAGAAGCUGAAAAACUUGAACAGAGUGAAGCAUUGAAAGCGGCACGUCAGAAAUUUGAAUCGGUGGAAAAAGAGGCCAGUAAAGGAAGCGAGGUUUUCAAAGAAAAAUUUAGUACAAUUAAAGAUAAAGUUCAGGAAGUGAUAGAUGAGGCGCAGAAAACUGAAUUUGUUAAGAAAGCCGGGAAAAUAUCAGAAGAGUUGGGCAAAACUACCCACACGAUUAGUGAAAAGGCACAGGAAAUAAGUAAAACUGGAGCUUUUCAAAGCAUUUCUGAAGCUACCAAAGCUGUGAAGCAAGAAAUUGAUACCACUAGCAUUCAAGGGAGGGUCUACGUAAGUCCCACAAAAUUGAGGAAAAGAACUGAAACGUCAGCAGUACAAAACCAAAAAUAUUAUGAAGCGAACCUGGAAGCAACAGGAGUUGAGCUUCACAAAGACUCAAAAUUUUACCAAUCUUGGCAGAAUUUUAAGGACAAUAACCCCUACGUCCACAAAGUAAUGGACUGGAAAUUAAAAUAUGACGAAAGUGAUAAUCCUGUAAUCAGGGCUUCUAGGCUUUUAACUGAUAAAGUGUCAGACAUAAUGGGGGGCCUUUUCCAGAAAACGGAAUUAUCUGAAACGCUCACAGAAAUUUGUAAAAUUGAUCCAUCUUUUGAUACAAAGAAAUUUUUAAAGCAGUGUGAAACUGACAUUAUUCCAAAUAUACUAGAAGCUAUGACUAGGGGAGAUUUAGAAAUCUUGAAAGACUGGUGCCAUGAAGGCCCUUUUAAUUUAUUUGCUAUUCCAAUUAAAGAAGCGUACAAAAAAGGCUAUAGAAUCGAGUCAAAAGUCCUAGACAUUGAUAAUGUUGAUUUAGUCAUGGGAAAGGUGAUGGAACAAGGCCCUGUGUUGAUAAUCUCAUUUACUUCCCAACAAAUGAUGUGUGUUAAAGACCCCAAUGGAAAUGUUGUUGAAGGGGAUCCAGAAAAAGUAAUGCGUGUUGCUUAUGUUUGGGUGUUAUGUCGCGAUAUCUCAGAACCCGACCCUAGAGCGGCGUGGCGAUUACUUGACUUAUCAGCAAGUAGCAAUGAACAGUUGGUAUAAAUUUUAUUGUUGAUGUAUUUGUUAUAUUUAUUGCUUCAAUGAAGGAGUACUUUUCACUAUUAAUUCCUUUAUUCAAGUAACAACAAAUUUGAAUUGUUUAAGAUUCAAAUGGUUCUGUACAGAUUUGUUUUUCUGUUGUACAGGAAAAUUGUAUAAUUUAUAUAAAUAUUUUUUUCAUAA